GACGGAAACCAGUUCACCGUGAGAUCUCGAACAAAUUGCAACGCUAGAAAAGAAUUCAAAAUAAUUCUAUUGCAAGAGCAAAAGUAAAAAAUGCAAGCGUAUGAAAAAAGCAUGACAUGAGUGACGCGCGUUAAUAAAGAGCAAGAAUUAUAACGCUUAGAAAAUUAAUUUUGCAAAAAAGUUCGGAAUCGAAGUAUGCGCAUUGUGCAUAGAUUGCAAAGAUUUACAAUAAAAUAACAGAAAAGCAACAAAUAUAAAGUGAAAACUGGCAAAACCGGUUUUUGGGUUGCUAAAGUGUACGCGACAACGGCAAUAAACGUGACUUAUUGCUGGGAACAUAUCAAAUAAAAAUUGAAAAGUGCAUAGUGAGCGCAACUACGUGAAAAGUAUUUGAAAAAAAAAAUUUACAAAAAUUAAAAAUUUUCCAAAAAAAAAUCAAAGAAGUUCACAAACAAUUGUGCAAACUCAGAAAACACUGAGAAAUUAACAAAAACAACAGCAACCUAAAUUGAAACGGUGAAGUGACGUUAAAACUGCCAACAGUUUUACAUAAACAACAAAUACAAAUAAAAGCAAAAAAGUUAAUUUUUUUGCGCAAUUCUUCUGUUUUCUUAACGGUAUAUGGAAACUAUGACUUCAACACUGCUACAACAACACGCCACACAGACAGCAACAACCACAGCACAUCAUUAUCAACACCGCAGCCAUCAUCAUCCUCACAACCACCACAACCACAACCACAACCAACAGCAGCACCACCAUUUGCAUUCGCAUCACACAACGACGACGACCACACAAGCCGCUGCCGCAGCUACUGUCGCCGCCGCCGCCAUGGCGUGGUCAACGGAGAAGUUACGCUUCUCCUGCGUGGAUAAUAUUGGCUUGAGACAAUUGUGGAAAUUGAUUGCAUUGGAUAGCAGCAGCAGUAGAAACAAUAAUAACAAUAACAACAACAACAGUAUCACAACAAAUGGCGCUAAUAUUAAUGAGUGCGUCGCAAUGCAACACAGCAAGCACAACAACAAUGUGGAUACUGUACAACAAAUGCAAGAGAAUUGCCUUAGCAGCAAUAACAACAACAAUAAUAAUAAUGAGAAAAACGACUUUGAAAACUAUAUGAACGACUAUUUGAGUCAACGUGAUAUACUACCGCCUCAUCGCAUGUCAUUAUUGAAAUUUCUGGCCAUCAACGCGUUGGAAUUGAGUGCGCCCGCAACGCCCGCGCUGCUGGAACACAAUCAAAACAAUCAGCAUUUUAACGCCAACGUCAAGCCGCCAGGUUGGAUGCAAUUGUCCGGGCACCCAGAAAGCAUUGUCCCUACAACUGCCGGCAUUGUGCGCAAACGCGUCGCCAGUCUGGCCGACAAUGAGGUGCUCGCCUACAAGCUACUCACACAGGAGCCGCAAACAGCCAAAAUUGUGCCGCAAUUUUACGGUGCACAAGCAUUGAAUGGCGAAAACUUUAUCGAACUACAAGAUCUUUUGACCGGCUUCAAGGAUCCCUGUGUGAUGGAUAUUAAAAUGGGUUGUCGCACAUUUCUCGAAUCCGAAGUGACCAACAAGACGUUGCGUCCGGAUUUGUAUAAGAAAAUGGUCGCAGUCGAUCCAUUGGCGCCCACAGCCGAAGAGGAAUCGGUGCAAGCUAUUACCAAACUACGUUAUAUGCUUUUCCGCGAAUCGAUGUCAUCAUCACAAUCGAAAGGUUUUCGCAUCGAAGCGUUACGUCUACGCGGUCGUCCACCCGUUAAAGAUCUUAAGACGGUACGUAAUAGCGAUCAAAUUACACAAACUAUCGAACAGUUUCUCGGCGCAAAGCGUACGGUUACCAAGGAACUGAUCAAGCGGCUGAAACAUAUGCGUAUGGUGAUGGAGAAGUCGGCAUUCUUUCAGCGACACGAGGUGGUUGGCUCGAGCAUUUUCAUCGUUUACGAUGAUGAUAAGGUGGGCGCUUGGUUAAUCGACUUUGCCAAGUCGCGACCACUGCCAGCGGGUGUGAAUGUAAAUCAUCGCGCCACAUGGAUACCCGGUAACUGUGAGGAGGGCCUACUCAAAGGCAUGGAUGAGCUGAUCAAUGCCUUUGAAAAUGUUUAUGCGAGUCAUGGCAGUCGGAAAUGCUUACAAAUAUAAGGAAUUGCACAUAAUGCAAAAUGCAGCAGUGCUGCAGGCAAUUAGCAAAUAACUGUAAUUAAAUUAUAAUUGGUUGGUUAAAGAAGCGUUGACGUUUCUACUUUCAUAUUAGUGGGGGUAAAAAUAAUAUGAAAACGUAAAAUUCUACAUAAAACAUACAUGUAUCUUUCCUUAUUCGCGAAAAAUAUCCAUUGUAUAGUUUAAGUUUGUGUUUAUACUGCCAUAAGACUGAUUUGCAUUGCGUGCAUUUAAACGAACAUUUUCGCCACACCCACACAUACACCCAUAUUACCUAAUUCAUCACCACUACUUUAACGUAUAUUAUUAUUUACUUUACUUGCUGACAUUUGUAUUUUCCAUAUUGGAAAAAAGCCUUAAAGUAAAAAACAAAAACAAAAACAAAAAC